GCCUCUCUGGGGCCGGGGACACGGCAGUCACUGCGGGCUCCCCGAGUUGUGUGGUGCUCCUGGACCGCUCUUUGUCAUCAGCUGAUUGUAACUAGAUCACCCUAGCCAUGUCCGACGAAGAAGAAGUCUACUCCGAAGAAGAGGAGGAGGAAGAAGAGGAGAUCAUUGAAACAAAAAAGACAACUACCACCACUACCACCAAAGUCGAGGAAGGACCGGGCGAUCCAGAAUUUGUCAAGCGUCAAGACCAGAAGAGAUCCGAUCUCGAUGAGCAGCUGCGCGAAUACAUCGCGGAAUGGCGUAAGCAGCGCGCAAAGGAAGAGGAAGACCUCAAGAAGCUGAAGGAGAAGCAAGCUAAGCGCAAGAUUGCCCGUGCCGACGAGGAAAGGAAGAUGGCCGAACGGAAAAAGGCCGAGGAAGAGCGUCGCGUCCGCGAGAUCGAGGAGAAGAAACAGCGGGACAUCGAGGAGAAGAGACAACGUCUCGAGGAGGCAGAGAAGAAGAGGCAACACAUGAUGCAGGCCCUCAAAGACCAGAACAAGAACAAAGGCCCCAACUUCACCAUCACCAAAAGGGACGCUUCGUCCAAUCUCUCAGCGGCCCAGCUCGAAAGGAACAAGACCAAAGAACAACUGGAAGAAGAAAAGAAAAUCUCCCUCUCCAUCAGGAUCAAGCCUUUGCAUCUCGACGGACUUGGUGUGGAUAAGUUAAGAGAGAAGGCCCAUGAACUUUGGGAAUGUAUUGUUAAACUGGAAACCGAGAAAUACGACUUGGAAGAGAGGCAGAAACGUCAAGAUUAUGACCUUAAGGAAUUAAAGGAAAGGCAGAAACAACAACUUAGGCACAAAGCUCUUAAAAAAGGUUUGGACCCUGAGGCUCUUACCGGAAAAUACCCCCCCAAAAUCCAAGUAGCUUCCAAAUAUGAACGACGUGUAGACACCAGGUCGUACGGAGACAAGAAAAAACUAUUUGAAGGGGGAUAUGAAGAAAUAAUCAAAGACCUCAGCGAAAAAUCCUGGAAAGAGAAAUUUGGACAAUUCGAUUCCAGACAAAAGGCGAAAUUGCCAAAAUGGUUUGGUGAAAGGCCUGGCAAGAAAGCCGGAGAACCAGAGACUCCCGACGGAGAGGAAGAGGGUAAACAGGCCGCCGACGAAGACGAGGACCUUAAGGAGCCCGUGUUCGAACCGGAACCAGAAGAAGAGGAAGAGGAGGAAGAAGUCGAGGUAGAGGAAGAGGAGGAAGAGGACGAGGAGGAGGAAGAAGAGUAAAUGCCGAUGAUAAUAUAAAAAUUAAAUAGGUCCUGUGCAAUGAAUAACAUAAGAAUAACAUCAUCAAAUUCUCUCGCAUACUAGAGACGAAAAUAACUUUCUUAUUAGAUAUUUAUUUAUACCUUUUAUGUUACUUUUAAUUUUGUUUCCAAAAUACACACACAAUAUUUUAUUUAUAAUUAUUGUAUAAUAAAGUUGUAACACGCGUAUAGUCACACAGAAAAUCAUAUGCUGGCGUUUCAUUUAUAUGUUAGGUUGUAAGGUUGAAAUAAAAGUUUAAAUAGAA